CAUGCGCAUUGCGCUUGGAGAAGUUUGGAGUGAUUCGUGGAAGUUUUAGAUUUGGAGGAAAAAAAGCACAGCUGAAAGUCGGGAACUUGUAAAAUGGCUUUUCGCAGGAGAAACAAGAGUUAUCCUUUCUUCAGCCAAGAGUUUCUCAUUCAGAAUCACGCGGACAUUGUCUUCAGUUUGGUGAUUUUCAUUUUGAUUGGGCUGAUGUUUGAGACAACUGCGAAAACAGCCAUAUUAUUCAUCCAGCCUCAGUACAACAUCAGCCUCAUGAGCGCAGAUGGAGAAGUGACUCUGUAUCAUUACGGAUGGAAGGACUGUGCCACUGUGCUCUUCUAUCUCUGUAUCACCAUUAUUCUUCAUGCUGUGGUGCAGGAGUAUGUGCUUGAUAAAGUAAAUCGGCGUCUGCACCUGUCAAAGAGUAAAAACACUAAGUUUAAUGAAUCUGGGCAGCUGUGUGUGUUUUAUCUGGUGUCUAGUGUAUGGAGUCUCUACGUCCUCACUACGGAAGGACACCUUCUGCAUCCCAGCAGCCUUUGGGAGAAUUACCCUCAUGUUCACCUGAGAUUUCAGGUCAAGUUCUUCUACCUCACUCAGCUGGCGUACUGGAUUCACGCUUUACCUGAGCUUUACUUCCAGAAAGUCCGAAAGGAGGAAAUUCCUCGUCAGCUGCAGUACAUCAGUCUCUAUCUGUUACACAUUCUGGCUGCGUAUCUGCUGAAUUUGACGCGGGUUGGACUGGUCCUGUUGUUUCUGCAGUAUCUUUCAGAGAUGGGUUUUCAUCUGUCUCGACUCUUUUACUUCAUCGAUGAAAACCACCACAAAAUGUUUGAGAUGUGGUCUGUGGGCUUUGUUCUAACUCGUAUGAUCACUCUGACGCUCAUGUUUUUGGCCGUUGGCUUCGGUUUGGCUCGUUCUGAACACCAGACUCUUGAUUUGGAGAUGGGAAACUUCAACACUCUGUCCAUCAGGCUGCUGGUGUUGUUCGUGGUGUGUUUCACUCAGUCGUGGCUCCUCUGGAAAUUUUUCCGUUUCCAGCUGAGCCGAACGCGAGAGCUCCGACUGGAGCAGGCGGCCCGCAAGAGAGCAGCCGCUAAACAGCAGAUGCAGCGCACUGUCAAGAGAGACUCGGCAGUCGGUCAUUAUGAAAACGGCCUCCUUAAAGCAGAAAACGGCACGUCUCCUCGAAUAAAGAAAAUCAAAACUCCAUAAACUUCAGCUCAUUCCAGCACAGGAAACGCGUCCGGUUUCCACGGCAACAGAGGGUCACCUGCCGGUUCUCAGAGGAAGUGACAUCAGCAACUAAACGUCUCUUUCCGCUUUCAGUAUUCACGUUGGCUCUUCAGUCUUUCUGUAUUAAAGCGCUGUCGUCUCCAGGUUAGCUUUUGUUUUUUGUUUUUGUUUUUCCCUGCAUGUCUUGAGGUACAAAAAUGCAAACUACAGUGGCCUAGAAAGGACAGACCGAGAGAUUUAUUUGUUUUACAGUCUGGGUUUGUAAUGAACAAAAGAUUUACGUGACAAUCCGAAAAUGAACCCACAAACCUUUUUUUUUUGUUGAUGUUUUUGUCUGGUGUGACGUAGGAAUAAUGUUUUAGUUGUGAUAAAAACGACACAAUCGAGACCAAACACAGAAAACAUUCAGUCUUUGAGUUUCUGCUUUGUAAGGAUAUGCAGUUUUGAUAUUUGAUUUGUAUAUGACAAUGCUUUAUAAAUAUUGAACCUUUUGGAUAGUUA